GCGACCGGAAACAAGCGGGCGCCCCGGAAGUUGAAGGGCGUGUCCUGCUAGCUUGGCUUCCUCAACAUGGCGGCCCCCUUGUGUGUGGAGGUGGAGUUCGGAGGUGGUGCGGAGCUCCUGUUUGAUGGAGUCAAAAAACAUCAAGUUACCUUGCCUGAGCAAGAGGGACCUUGGGACAUCCGGAACCUCCUUGUCUGGAUCAAGAAGAACUUGCUAAAAGAGCGGCCAGAGCUCUUCAUCCAGGGAGAGAGUGUGCGGCCAGGAAUUCUGGUGCUGAUUAAUGAUGCCGACUGGGAACUGCUGGGGGAGCUGGACUACCAGCUGCAAGACCAGGACAGCAUCCUCUUCAUCUCCACACUGCACGGCGGCUGAGGGCUCCUCUGUGAGCCCAAGCACCUUUGCAAGGGGAGCCCAGGACAACCACACCUCUCCUUGGGCCCUGCUUCCAGUCCUCAGUUCCCCUUGGCUGCCUCCUCUGCAGUACCCCUGAGCUCCCUCUAGGCAGGGAAAAGAGGCCAGGUGCUAAAAAUGAGCCUGUUUGGGCAAGGCACGUGAGCAGGGAGGGAGAGCAGACGCCCGAGCCCAGCACUCCUUCCAGCAGCUGAGGUGGGGGAGGGCACCCAUGUGACAUGUCAGGAGUGGAGGGGCUCUAUGCCCAGGUGACCAGCUGCUUGCCCCCCCUUCUGUCUUGGUAUACGUAAGCACUGAGUGACGGCCUGGAAGGCACUCCAGUUCCUGAGACAUCUUCAUGGGGAAGAUGGAUGAACUUGAGUAACUGAUGAGAAGCCCCUCUCUUGCCAAAGAUUAGAGGGGCCUCCGCCUCAGUUUCCCCAUCUGGACACUGAGGACUCUGCUUGUCCCCCACUGAUGUCAUUAUGGAACCCCAGCUGGGGUCCCCUAUUCAGUGCUCACCUCCCUCCCCUCCACCCAGCAGCUGCUCUCCUAGCCACACCCCUCCUCCUGUUCCCCCCAUCCCCAGCCCUUGACCCUGGCUGGCCUCCCCCCUACAUAGGCCACCAGAUGGGCUCCUGAGACACUCCCCAGGCUGCCUACAGCUCCUUCUGCUGAGGGCAGAGAAUGGGAGGAAGUAGCCUAACCUUAGACAGAGGGGUGGGGCCUCAGUGUGUAACUCCCAGCAUCCUGAAACCAGCGGGGUUUGGGUGUGCAGCACCUGGUAGGCAGAGGGCUGUGCCCCCCUUUCCUCCAUCCUUCUGGAAAUCUGAGGACCUUGUGCCUGCAGCUGGCCUUGGGCAAAUAAAAAGACUAGGUUGUUUACUAGCCUUGCUUGAAGCUUCAUCCUUAGAAACUGGUGGUACCCUGUAUCCCUCAGAUCUAUGUAUGGGCUCUGUUCUGAGCCAAGGGCUCAGAUGACCUUCACCUGAAAGGCUAACACAUGAUCUGUUCCAAAGAGAGGGUGGUUCCGCGGGCCGUCUGGAGAAGGGAGUGUAGACCCAUAAUGAUCAGUGCCCACCCUCAGCCGUUCUCAACAGGCUUUGUUCUACCCGCUGCACGAGAGGGGUGGCCUAAGAAGACCGCUGAGCCCCAUGACUUCCAUGACCUGCAGAAAAAAGCUUCAUCCGACCCAAAGUGUUGCUUUUCCUUAAACGUCAGUAAGGCAGGAUUCCGUACCCCACAUAGAUGAGAGCGCCUGAUGUGGGCCGAUUGAGAGUGGAGAACACACGGCCCUGGUUGGAGAGCUGACCUCUGGGCUUGUGUGGGUGGGGGAGCUAGGUUGGGAUUAUUGGUAAGGACUGGCUGGGUGCAGACUAAGGCCAGUGUUGGGGCCAAGCACUGUUGAGACUGUGCUGAUGUCAGGCCGUGUCUUCGCUCUCACAGCUUGUCAUCUUUAGAGGGUCAGCCUGUCCUGGUUUCUGUAACACUCCCUCCCUGCAGUAGUACCCCCUGAGCUACUGGGGAUAAGUUGUAGGGCGCCUUCUGCAGCUGCUGUGGCACCCCAGUUAAUGUUGAGCAUUCAGGAGGAUGGGCUGAGGAAACGAGCUUUCCCCAUCCGGGGUGCCAGUGCCAUCGCGCAAAUUGGCCGGAGCCCAUUCAUCCUAGUCCACUCGGGUCAUUUUAGUUUCUGGCAGAAAGGGGUCAGAGACAGGUGACUCAGCCCAUCAGCGCCCCACAGCCCCCCUCCCGUGCAACUCAUGGCCCUUGCUUUUGAGGAAAUAAACAAGUCCCACUA